AUGCGCCGGGUUCCUGUGAAGAAGAGGGGCAACGCCACGCGUCUUGUACAGAGCCAAGGUCUGGUCUUUGCCGACCUUGGCACGCACAACGCCUCGGAGCCCUACUGGCCGGAUGACCGAUACUACUCGUUCACCCUUGAAGAAAUCACGCUCCUCGAGAACGCCGCUAAGGACGUCUUUGCAAUGUGCUGCGAGGCGGCUGAAUACCUCGUCGAGCACCCGGAUAUUAUCACCAAGAAGAUGGCGGUCCCUGCCUUUGCGCUUAAGCAGAUCAAGGAAUCAUGGGACCGCGAGCCCGCCUGGGGCAGCAUCUACGGACGUUUCGAUGUCUGCUUUGGGGGUCUGGACCACCCAGAUCCAAGGUUGCGUGUGCCAAAGUUCUACGAGUUCAAUGCGGACACGCCAACAACGUUAGUUGAGGCUGCUUCAAUCCAAUGGCUGUGGCUUGAGCAGACCGGCCACGGCAACGACCAAUUUAACGGCAUAACCGAGGCGUUAGUCGAAGGCUGGAAGCGCAACAUGACGCUUAUCGAGGAAAAGCUCGGCCAUAAGCCCACGGUUUACUUUGCUGUUGGCCAGGGCGAUCCCAUAGGCGAAGAUGCAAUGAACACCAUGCUCCUGAUGGACACCUGUCAACAAGCCGGCUGGUCUACCAAGGCCCUGACCAUGGAGGAGAUUUGUCUGUCUAAGAAGGAUGGGCGCUUUUACGAUAUGGAGAGUAACCAUAUCGACGUCAUCUUUAAACUCUACCCCUGGGAAUAUAUGAUGGAACAGCAGUUUGCGGAGCCGUCCUUCAAGGAUAUGGAUAACAUUGGUAAGCGCGAUAAAGAGGGCAACUAUAUCGGCGGUACCGUCUGGAUUGAGGCGCCGUACAAGAUGCUAUGGAGCAACAAAUCGCUGUUUGCGAUACUAUGGGAGCUUUUCAAGAACGAUCCGCGGUCUAAGUGGUUACUCCCGACGUACUUUGACGACGAGGUGCCUGCAUCGUUGACCAGCUAUGCGCGCAAGCCAAUUUUUGCACGUGAGGGUGUUGACAUUGUGCUGAAGGAGAACGGCAAGGUGAUCCAGGAUGCGUCAAUGGGAUGGUACGGAGCAGAGGGAUACGUGGUGCAGGAGCUUGCCUUGCUACCAGAGUUUAAGGAUGCUCAGGAUAAGCCGCAUUACCCCGUGCUUGGUCUCUGGUUUGUGGACGGCGAUCCGGUGGGAUUGGGCAUCCGAGAAGAUGGGACGCCAGUGACCUCCAAUGCCUCGGUGUUUCUGCCACACUCCAUCGAGGAUGGACCCCUCAAUUACCGGCGGCAAAAGGUCCCAGAUGAUGAGGAGAUUGAGCAGGCGUUAAGAGUCGAUACCUUCCAUGAUCAGUUUGACAAAGGAGGAGUGGAGAAUGAGAUGGUUCGCUACAUCAAGAAGAUUGUAAUUUAG